CGCCCGGCCAAGUUGAAACCCCCGCCCCGCGAGUUGGCCGAGUCGCGCGGAGCCGCGGCCCCGCCGGGCAGCGCAGCGCCGUACCGCGAGGCCCGGCCCGGAAAGCGGCCCGCCGAGGGGAGCCGGGCGCUCCGCCGCCGCCUAUGAGGGCGCCGCGGGGUCGGGAGAGCCAUGGACGGCGGCGGCGGAGGGCUGCCCACCGCCCUGGAGAAGAACGCGGCGGAGCUGACGGUGAUGGACGUGUACGACAUCGCCUCGGCCGUGGGGCAGGAGUUUGAGCGGGUGAUCGACCAGCACGGCUGCGAGGCCAUCGCCCGCCUGAUGCCCAAGGUGGUGCGGGUGCUGGAGAUCCUGGAGGUGCUGGUGAGCCGCAACCACAUCAACCCCGAGAUGGAGGAGCUGCGCCUGGAGCUCGAUCGGCUCCGCCUGGAGAGGAUGGACCGCAUCGAGAAGGAGCGCAAGCACCAGAAGGAAUUAGAACUGGUGGAGGAUGUCUGGAGAGGGGAAGCACAGGACCUUCUUACCCAAAUUGCACAGCUGCAGGAGGAGAACAAACAGUUGAUGACAAAUUUGUCUCACAAAGACAUUAAUUUCACAGAAGAGGAAUUUCAGAAGCAUGAAGGAAUGUCGGAGAGAGAACGGCAAGUCAUGAAGAAGCUGAAGGAAGUUGUAGAUAAACAGAGGGAUGAAAUCAGAGCAAAGGACCGGGAACUUGGACUUAAAAAUGAGGAUGUAGAGGCUCUUCAGCAGCAACAGAACAGGUUAAUGAAAAUUAACCAUGACCUGCGGCACCGCAUCACAGUUGUUGAGGCUCAGGGAAAGGCACUGAUUGAGCAGAAGGUGGAAUUGGAAGCAUAUCUGCAAACCAAGGAGCAGGAGAUGGGCACCCUACGAGCAGAGCUGGGGAAACUGAGGGAAAAACUGCAGGGUGAGGACAGCCAAAAUGGGGAGGAAAUACAGACAGAAUCAAACAACGAUGACUGCCUCUCAGAGUCAGAAAAGAUGGCAAUGGACUUGAAAGAUCCAAAUCGUCCAAGAUUCACUUUGCAGGAGCUCCGAGAUGUCCUUCAUGAGAGGAAUGAAUUGAAAUCUAAAGUGUUUUUACUUCAAGAAGAGCUUUUGUAUUACAAAAGUGAGGAAACAGAAGAAGAAACUAGACCCCCUCAACCUACACCCAUAAUUCAAUCAAAACCCUCAACUCAGCCUGAGUCUGGAAUCAAACGACUGUUUAGUUUCUUCUCUCGUGAUAAGAAACGUAUGCAGGCAUCACAGAAAAACGUCCAUUUCCAGGAUACUUUUCGUGAAUGGUCAAAUUCAAAUAAAGAUGACACCUACACAGAGCAAGGACAAGAAGCCCUGCAACACCUGUGACAAAAAGCCUGAGCUUCCUGCAGAACAUCUCAACAGCAUAGUAACAAGAAGCUUCUGUGAACAGAUCUGGCAGCUCAUGGUCUUUAUUUGCCUUGCACGCUGCAGUGGUUGUGUUUCAGAUGAACUCCUCAGAAGGGAUCACUCACUGUUUACUUGGUGACUGCUGAAAACAGAAUCCAAGCUUUGUAGGAUCAGUUGAUACCCGGGGACGUUGAAGCUUCUAGAUGACUUGUUUUGUGCUGGAUAACAAGUCUAUGGUCUUGUUUGUGCAUUAACUACAGUAACACAAGCUUAUCUAAACCAAAAAAAAAAGGACCUGUGCCAUUAUUAGAAAUUUGUUUGCAGUGUACAAUAUCUAUUGACAAAGACUCUGUUACCCUAUUUGUUAAAACUUUUGGUUGUUUGCUUUUUUUGUAACUUGGUAAGAAUUUUUCCAAGAGGGAUACCACAGCUGGCCGCUCUCCCUGCAGGUUGCAGCACUGCUGUGUCCUGUUCAGCUGGCACCUGCAUUUUGCAGAGUAACCACUUGGAAAUCCACCUGAUAGAAAGUGACAAACUGGAGUAGCCUCGAGAGGGAUAGCGAGUGUACGUUUCCCUUGAUGCUUACAGUGCCUAAAGCAUGAAGAAACCCACGUAUGAGGUGAGCGUGCCUUGCUUUUUGCCAUGAGUUCUGCAGUAUUAAUGGAAAAAGAAUUGCUUACAAGGAAGAAUUCUAACACUUGAAUUUUUUCUUUCUUACCAGGGACUUUCCCCUAGAGUAGCAGACAGCUGCCAUAAAGGAGUUAGGUCCCCUUCCCAUAGGCAGGUUUUGAUUUAAGUCACACUCCACUUUUCUGUCUAGGUAAAACUGCCUAACUUCAGAGUAAAAGACAUCCUCAGCUGACAUGAGCUAUCUUAACUGACUUUGAGAUGACCCCAGUUCAAAAUGUAUUCUUUUUUUCUGACUACCCUAAACAUUACUUAGGGUGGCAGAGAUGUAUUCUGUAUGUGCAGGUUGCUCCGCUGGCACUGACUGAUGUGUGGGCAGCCUGCAAGUGGAGAGGGCUUAACUCUUAACUCACCAUCAAAAGCCCAGCACGUGAAUGCAUCUGAACUGCUGGGAGGUGGGGUCUACAUCUGCUUUGCAAUUAAUCAUGCAAGACCCUUGGGGUUGACCAAGGUCAUGCUUGCCUAAACCAGAACACUAAAGUCCCAUGCAGCGUAACCACUGUGCACGGUGUGUGGCAGUGCACAACCCAGCUUUGCACCUGUGGGCAACCUGCACAGGCAGAGCUGGAUGCAGGUGCCUGUGGGCUGCAGCUGACAUCUUACCUGCAGCAACUGCAUGCACUCUGCAAAGAGCCUCUUCUCAGGAGUGGCACUAAGAAUAGAAGCAAUGCUUAGGCUGGAGUAGAGCUCCAGCCACUCAGUGUCUGAGGAUGGCCUGAAGGAUACUUAGAUAAGAGCAAACCAGAAGGUUUAGUGCAGGCCAGUUGUACUCAGUCCAGGAUGAUCCAGCAACAGGUUUGUUAAUGCAUACAGGCAGCAAAUGGCUCUUAGCUCAUCUGAUGUGAAGCUGUGUGAGAAAAUCAAUUUUCACAGUGGGCUGAAUGCUGCUCUGUUCCUAUCUGUAACUGCUCAUUUUGAACACAGACCUUCAGCACAUUGUAGGGUGAGUGUUUACUGUGCCUGCCAGUUGUCACUGACAUUGCCUGGGGCAGGAGGGAGAAAUGUGGCCUUAUAUUAAAGGCAUUUCCAUUUGAUGUAGCAACAGUAGCAUUUGAUGCUAAUAUUAGGCAGAGAGAAUUUUGCCUGGUUACGUUUUGGUAACACAUCUUAAGUUUUUAUGCUUACAGAAAACUGUUUUCAUUAAAACAUCACUUUCCUCCCUUGCAUGAAAGGCAAUUCUCAAAUGGAGGGAAGACUUGCUGUAAUACUUUAGUUGUGAAGAUCCUGAUUUCAUUUUUAGAUUGAGUGGGAAAUAAAAAAAAAAAAAAA